AUGAAGCCUCUUCUUUGGACGUUCUUGCUGGCAGCAGCUUUUCCAUCUCGCAUUGCGGCAUCAAACUAUUACUUUGACGGCUCUGCUGCCAAUAACGGCAAUGGUCAGCAGUCAUCGCCUUUCAAUACUCUGGCAGAACUCGACAAGUUGUCUCUCAAACCUGGGGAUAAUGUUCUCCUCAAAAGAGGCACACACUUCAACGAGACCUUGACAGUCAAGAGCAGCGGUUCGCAGAGUGCCCCAAUCACUAUCGGUUCAUAUGGCGAUGCGAAGUUUCCUUUGCCAAUUAUUACUGCCAAACCCAGUGAUCUCAAUAGUGUCUUGGUGCAAGGAACUUCAUACGUCACACUCCAGGAUUUGGAAAUUACCAACCCAGGAAGCAAUAAGACGGCACGCCGAGGUGUUUACGUCUAUGCCCAGGACUCGGGCGAAGUCAAGGGCCUCACAAUACGACGGCUGUAUAUCCACGAUGUACAGGGCCGCAUGCCGUCUACCAGUGGUGGUGAUCGGGCUGUUGGCAAGUAUUCCGGCGCUUCGGGGGGCAUCAUCAUUGAAGCUGCUGGCAACAACACGCCUACAUAUUUUCGUGAUACACUCAUUGAAGACAACAUCCUUCGGGAUGUGAGCCGUCAAGGAAUCUACACUUGGUCGAAUUGGUGCCGCAGAGAUGCCAUGGCCGCAUUUUGGCGUAAGCUAUGUUUUCAGAACUGGCAGGCAUCGACGGGUUUGAGGGUCCGCAACAACCGCUUGUUCAAUAUUGGUGGAGAUGGAAUUGUAGUUCACGGCAAUACUGAUGCCGUGGUAGAGCAUAACCGUCUUCAUGUGUUCAAUCUCAACAAUGGUGGUGUUAGUGCGGGCUUUUGGACGGCAAAUGCGGACGGCACUUUGUUUCGAUAUAACACUGUUUCGGGAGGCAAAACUACAAACGAUGGUAUGUCUUACGACGUGGACCACUCCUCGUCUGGAACUGUAUAUGAGUAUAAUGUAUCUCACGACAACGAAGGAGGAUUUUUCCUCUUAUGCCCGUACGACAAACCAACUACCAAUUUCACUAUCCGCUACAACCUGUCAGUAAAUGAUCGGGCACGAGUAAUCCAAGUGUGUUCUGGUAAUCUCGUUGGGGGCAAGUUUUACAAGAAUACCAUUGUAAUUGGCGAUGGAAUCAACUCCAACAUUGUCCACGCUCCACUGAAGCAGAAUCUGAAGCUAGAUGUGCUCUUCACCAACAACAUCAUACAAAAAUUUGGCUCUGGAAAGGGUACAUGGCAGCUCGACAGUUCUCUAUUCAAAAUCGACAACAACAUUAUGCGCGGCGCCAUUAACUCAUAUCCCGGCGCCACUAAUACCAGCACGAGCGACCCGUUUCUCGCAGCACCAGGGUUGAAGGAUCCGAACGCCUAUCUCUUGCUUGGUGGCUCGCCUGCUCUGAACUCUGCCGUAGCUGUGGACGGCGACAUAUCAAGAGACUUCUUUGGCAACCCUACGAACAAGAACAAAAACCUGGGCUUUUACAGCGGCAAGGCUACUCAAACACCUCAGUGGAUUAGCAAUUUCGACCAAGGCACCACCGAAGGAUGGACCACCACCGGUCAGGUUUCCGUUGUGCCUGAUCCUGCGGGAGAUUUGGGAAAGUCGGGUCGAAUUGAUGCGGGUGGUCGAUUGACGCGUUCUUAUCAAGCUUCUGCUACUGGUGUCCGGUUUGAUGUAGGGUUACUAUUCACUGCGGUUAGUGGACGGGCGGCAACGGUUCAGGUCGGCAAGUACGUCGUGACUUUGGAUGGCAUCGUUGCAGCGCAUGUUGGGUACUGGCAUAUUUUGGAGGUUAUCAUUGAUGACCAUGGAAAGGCCAAGGCUGUAUUGGAUGGAAAGUCUGUGAAGGCGGUUGACCAGGGUGGAAACAACGACGUGGUGAUAACAGCUGGGGGUUCGACACUUUACGUUGACGAUGCUUUCAUCGUGUCGCAAUAG